AUUCUCUAGGCGGCGCCUAGUGCAGUGGUCAAAUCCUCACACAUACACACACACACACACACGCACACACACCAGCCCCCGACGAGCCUCCGGCGAAGACUGAAGACGGACAGUGAGUAUUUGUAGGCAGUAUGGCAGAAGCUCACCAGGCGGUGGCCUUCCAGUUCACCGUCACUCCAGAUGGCAUCGACCUACAGCUGUGCCAUGAGGCCCUGCGCCAGGUUUACCUCUCCGGCCUGCACAACUGGAAGAAGAAGUUCGUUAGGUUCAAGAAUGGCGUUAUGACUGGAGUAUAUCCUGGAAGUCCUACUGGGCUCCUAGUUGUUGUUAGUGGAUACAUGUCCUAUGCCAAGUAUACCAAGAUGGACCCUUCAUUCGGAAUCGUGGCAAAGCUGGCCACUCACAUACCAAUAAGUAAGUACAUCACAGAGGAUGGGCAGCGUAUUGCUGGCGGAGUGCUAGUUGGCACAGGGCUGUGGGUCACUAUCAUUUUCGUCAUGAGGAAUGUUCUCAAAUCGCUGCUCUCCUGGCACGGCUGGAUGUACAACCGCCACGGGACUGUGUCCAUAGGCACAAAGAUGUGGCUGGUGUUGGUGAAGUUGUUCUCUGGUCGUAAGCCAAUGCUCUACAGUUACCAAAGCUCACUGCCAAACCUGCCCGUGCCCUCAGUGAAGAGCACAGUGAAGAGAUAUCUUGAAUCUGCACGUGCUCUCAUGGAUGAUGAGGAUUACAAACGAAUGGAAGGGCUGGCGAAGGACUUUGAGAAGAAUCUGGGCCCCAGAGUUCAGUGGUACCUGAAGCUCAAGUCCUGGUGGACUUCCAACUAUGUCAGUGACUGGUGGGAAGAGUAUGUUUACCUAAGAGGACGUGGACCCAUCAUGGUCAACAGCAACUACUAUGCAAUGGACUUCCUGUACGUUUUCCCGACUCAUCUUCAAGCAGCCAGGGCAGGGAAUGCCAUCCAUUCCGCCAUGCUGUACAGGAGGAAACUGGACCGUGCUCAGAUCAAACCCGUUUACUUGCUGGAGAACAAAGUGCCGCUGUGUUCGGCACAGUGGGAGCGCAUGUUUAACACGUCCCGCAUCCCGGGCGUGGAGACAGAUGUGAUUCAGCAUGUGAACGAGAGCAAGCACAUUGUGGUGUACCACAAGGGGCGCUUUUUCAAGGUGUGGAUGUUUUACGACGGCCGGCUGCUGUUCCCCAGAGAGAUCGAGCAGCAGAUGGAGAGGAUUCUGGCCGACACGUCCGAGCCUCAGCCCGGAGAGAUGACUCUGGCUGCUCUUACUGCAGGAGAGAGAGUGCCGUGGGCCAAGGCUCGUACAGAGUUCUUCAGUAAGGGGAAGAAUAAACAUGCUCUGGAUUCGGUGGAGAAAGCUGCUUUCUUUGUGACUCUGGACGACACUGAACAGCGCUAUGAUCCUAAAAACCCGGUCCAGUCUCUCGACAGCUAUGCCAAAUCUCUGCUCCAUGGGAAAUGCUAUGACAGAUGGUUUGAUAAGUCCUUCAACUUGAUCGUGUUUAAGAACGGCACUAUGGGAUUGAAUGCUGAGCACACUUGGGCUGAUGCCCCCAUUGUUGGUCACCUGUGGGAGCAAGUAUUAGCUUUUGAUCCUGUGACUCUGGGUUAUGCUGAGGAUGGUCACUGUAAGGGUAAAACUCAUCCCAGUCUGCCUGGACCUCAGCGCCUACAGUGGGAUAUUCCAGAGGAGUGUCAGUCAGUGAUCGCCAGCUCUCUGAAGGUGGCUAAUGCCUUAGCAGAUGACGUGGACUCCCACAUCAUCCCCUUCAGUGAUUUCGGAAAAGGCCUCAUUAAGAAGUGCAAGACCAGCCCAGACGCUUUUAUCCAGCUUGCUCUGCAGCUCGCCCACUUCAGGGACAAGGGCAAGUUCUGCUUGACAUACGAGGCCUCCAUGACAAGACUGUUUAAAGAGGGUCGCACUGAGACUGUUCGUUCCUGCACCGUCCAGUCCUGCGACUUUGUCCGUGCCAUGAUGGAUGAGAAACAGACGAGAGAGGAAAGACUUCGACUGCUGAAAGUGGCUGCAGACAAGCAUCAGGAUCUGUACAGAAUGGCCAUGACAGGAAAAGGCAUUGAUCGGCAUCUUUUCUGCCUCUAUGUGGUGUCCAGGUACCUGGGUGUGGAUUCCCCCUUCCUUAAAGAGGUGCUCUCUGAGCCCUGGAGGUUGUCCACCAGUCAGACUCCUCUCCAGCAGGUGGACCUGUUUAACCUGGCAAAGAACCCAGAGUACGUCACCAGUGGAGGCGGCUUUGGACCGGUGGCAGAUGAUGGUUAUGGUGUAUCAUACAUCAUUCUUGGGGAAAACCUCAUUAACUUCCACAUAUCCAGCAAACACUCCAGUCCAGAAACUGACUCUCACCGUUUUGGUCAGCACAUUCAGCAGGCCAUGCGCGAUAUUCUGAGCCUCUUCCAACUCGACAAGAAAGCCACCAAGUGAACACUGCUCCCUCUAUUCUCUUUUACUCACACUCACUCGCUCACUCAUUCACACACGCACACAUUUUCUCUUUUUUUUUUUCUUCUCUCCAUAAAAGGGGUUUCAUUUCAGGGAAAUGCUCUAAGUGUUAGAGCACUCCUCCAUAGGCAUGUACAGAGGCAUGUACAGAUGUAUUGUUGGCUUUUAAUUUAUGUUCUAAGAGAUGGGAAAUGAGAAAGUAUAAAUGAAGCAUGAAAGGGUGGGUAUAUUCCCGCUGUUGUUAUUUCAAGUGUGUAAAAUGGGAGAAACUAUUCAGUGGGCCUUUUUUUUUAUAGCAGAUUGUAGUAGCCUUCAUUUCCCUCAUAUUGUUUUUUUUAAGCAUAUUAAUACAUUGUUGCCUUAUAGAAUAGAACGGCUAUCACAGAAACUCCAGAACCCAGAUAAAAGUCUGAGAAGACGCUCUGAUUUCACUCGUACUGUGCGCACAACCACGCUCCAUCCUAUAACUGCUUUAUGUCAAAGUGAAUGCUGUGUUUUUUUAGCAGACAUUUUCAUUCAUACUCAGGUUAUUUAGAACUGAGGAUAGUUGUAACCCCAGUUGUUUUUCACUGGCACUGGGACAGGUCAGCCACUAGAGGGAGCCAUUAGAGUGCUUACUCUCUCUCUGUACGCCAUGUAUACUACAGUUACUUGAAGGCUAUAUAGUGAAGUGAAGUUUUCUAUAUAUUACAUUGUCAUGAGAUUUUCUUGUGUAUCAGUUGCACAUUGUGGACAGUUGUGACCUCUGAAGCCUUUUUAUUGCACAUAGGCUUGUCCGGUAGGCUGCAUUAACUCCAUAGGAGUUUUUUUUUUUUUUUUUUUUCUGAACAAUUUAAUCUAGCAAUAAAUUGAGAUUGUACUGGGAUUGAUGAAUGGUUUAAUCAUGCAUUGAGUAGCAUUUCCAUAUGGCAUAAAUAAUCCAGUUAUAUAAUAAUAAUAAAUACGCGGCUUAAGGGGAGAAAUCAUGUAAAAAAAACCGAAAAAGUAAAAACACAGAUUACCCUUCUAUAAACUGCUAAAGGUUCUUCAAUUCUUUCAGCAGUGGGCGCUGCUGGGUACCUCAUAAACAUAUGUGGCAAACUUCAGUCCUGGAGGGUCAGCAAAGUUCAGUAUAUUCCUACUGAAAUAUAGUCGAAGCUCAGCUGUUAAUUACCAAAACCUGAUGGACAUCAGCCAUCAGGACCACAAUUCACCACCCCUUUGAUUUCAUGUAAAACUGGAAAAUGCUACUUAUUGCAUUUUAUGAUCAUGUAACUUACUGUGGACCUACAGUGGUGAAGCUGCAGAUGUUUUAUCCAUUAAUUUAAUGAUCGUACAGGUUAAUAUGAACAGGCAGCUACGGCGGACACAGCGACGCAGUUCAGCCUCUCCUGAGCUGCAGUGAUCCUGAGUGUGGCCUUCACACAGUGCAGGAAAAGGAAUCGAGGAGGAACAGCAACCAUUCAAAAGGAACAAAUGGGUGUGUUCACAAACUCAGAGGACAAAGGGAUAUUUUAUUCUGUAUAUGUUAUUUAUCAAUGGCAGAGAAAGUUGUGCUAUUUAUUUAUCAGUUUCAAACCAGUGUUUUCACUGUGCAUUUCGUUGCUUUGGCUCGUGAAUAGGGUGUGCUCAUUAAUCGCUUGGUGUUCUUGAUUUGAAUGGAAAAAAAAGGCUGAAUGGAAAAAAACUAAAAUAAAAUCACAGAUUUUUUCUGGAAAGUG